CCAGCCCCGGCGCAGCUGGUGCAGAAGGCGCACGAGCUCAUGUGGUACGUGCUGGUCAAGGACCAGAAGAAGAUGAUCAUCUGGUUUCCAGACAUGGUGAAAGAUGUCAUCGGCAGCUACAAGAAGUGGUGCAGGAGCAUCCUGCGGCGCACCAGCCUCAUCCUCGCCCGGGUGUUCGGGCUGCACCUGAGGCUAACCAGCUUGCACACCAUGGAGUUUGCGCUGGUCAAAGCGCUGGAGCCCGAGGAGCUGGACAGGGUGGCGCUGAGCAACCGCAUGCCCAUGACAGGUCUCCUCCUCAUGAUCCUGAGCCUCAUCUACGUGAAGGGCCGCGGCGCCAGGGAGAGCGCGGUCUGGAACGUGCUCCGCAUCCUGGGGCUGCGGCCCUGGAAGAAGCACUCCACCUUCGGGGACGUGCGGAAGCUCAUCACUGAGGAGUUCGUCCAGCAGAAUUACCUGAAGUACCAGCGCGUCCCGUACGUGGAGCCGCCCGAGUACGAGUUCUUCUGGGGCUCCCGGGCCAGCCGCGAAAUCACCAAGCUGCAAAUCAUGGAGUUCCUGGCCAGGGUCUUUAAGAAAGACCCCCAGGCCUGGCCCUCCCGAUACAGAGAGGCUCUGGAGGAGGCCAGAGCUCUGCGGGAGGCUAAUCCCGCUGCCCACUGCCCUCGCAGCAGUGUCUCCGAGGACUAGCCAAGUCUGGAGGCAGAUGAAUGCUUUCUGAUCCUCACCAGGGCUGUGGAAGGGUGGGGGUGGGUCGUUAGAGUGUUCAGGAUUUACAGUGCAGUAUUCACGUGUAACUUUUACGUUUUCAGUACAGUGCUUUUAUACCUUUAAUGCAAUGUUGUAUUCAUUUGGGUACUAUUGUGUAGUAUUUAGGAUGUAUGCAUGUUCGUUUAUAUGUAAGCUUGGUUGGUGCUUUCGCUUUUGUGGUACCUUUCUUGGAUUUUUGUAUCAGAGACGUGCUAAACUGAUGAAGUACAUUGAAACGUUUCCAUCUUAUUAUUUUACAUGGGACUGAGGUGUGUGUUGGGGUAGACUGCUCCUGCAGAGUUUGGAAAAACUCACCAGCAAAGCCGGCCUGACCAAGAAAUGUCAAGGCCCUCAUGACCUUGCUGGGGACUGAAAACAUCCUCGUGGAGUAAACUAAUUUGAACUGGACUGGUCUCAAUGUGAGAGCACUUGGCACACUUUACUAAACACAUAUACAACCCCACCGUGAGUCAACUUUAAAGGAAACAUUAAAGAUUCUUGUGACACAAUCA